AUGAUAAUAAUAAUUUGUUUAAUAAUUGUGGUGGGUAUUGCUGAUUUAAUUUCUUUUAAUGCUUUGAAGGUUAUUGAUGCAUUUGGAGUAAUAAAGAAUUAUGAGAAUAAAAAUUUAUUUUUAAAACCAGGUAAUUAUACGAAGAGGCGUAAAAAAUAUGACUAUGGAAGUGACAAAAAUCGGAGUAUUAAAAUUAAUUGUGUAAAAAAAAAUCUAUACGAUUUUAAAUUAAUAGAAAAAAAAUGGCAAAUAAUAUGGAAUUGCAAAAAGUUAUUGGAUAAAGAUUUCAAAAGGUUUAAUAAGUAUAUGGAAAAUGAAAAUAAGGGAGAGAAAAAAAGAAGUGAUAUAACCGAAACAAAAAAUGGUGAGGAUAAUGGUACUGAGAUUGGGGUGGAUGGGUAUAGAAAUGGAAUAGAAGAAAGUACAGACAGUAUUGAAAAAAAAGUUGGAAAUAAUGUUAGGUGUGAUAUGAAAGAGAAGUAUUACAUACUUGAUAUGUUUCCAUACCCAUCAUCUUCAGGAUUACAUGUUGGGCAUAUUUUAUGUUUUACUAUAACGGAUGUUAUAAGUAAAUUUAAAAGAAUGAAUAAGUAUUGUGUUUUUCAUCCUAUAGGAUGGGAUAGUUUUGGAUUGCCAUGUGAUAGACUAUCUAUGAAAUUAAAAGUUGAUCCUAGACAAAUAAUAAAAAAAAAUAUUUCAAAUUUUAAAAAUCAAUUAAUUAAAUUAGGGUUUUUAUUUAAUUGGGAAAAUGAAAUAAAUACUUGUGAGAAAAAAUAUUUUAAAUGGACACAAUGGAUAAUUAUACAAAUGUUUUUAAAUAAUUUAGCUUAUAAAAAAAAGUCAUAUGUUAAUUGGUCUGAUGAGCUUAAUUGUGUUAUAUCGAAUGAUGAGCUAAGAAAUGAAAUUAAUUUAAAAAAUUUAAAAAUAAAAAAAAUAAAAUUAUUACAAUGGUAUUUAAAAAUUACAAAAUAUGCAAAGAGAUUAGUUAAAGAUUUAAAAUUAAUUAAUUGGCCAGACAAAAUUAAAAAUAUGCAAAAUAAUUGGAUUGGUAUAAGAUCAGGAAUUAUUAUAAAAGGAAAAAUUAUGGAUAGUAAAUAUAUGAUAAAUUAUUAUUCUAAUUUUAUAAAAAAAUUAAAAAUACCUCAUAUAUUUUACAACAGUGUGUAUAAUAAUUAUUCCCUUUUAUUGCUGAAUCGUGUUUAUACUUCUAUGCUAGGACAUAAAAAAAUAUAUGACUUUUUUUUAUUUGACAAUGAAAAUAUCCCUACUAGUUUAAAGGGAGCUGUUGUAGAAUUAUGCAAUAAAAUAGGGGUUACUAGUUCUGGUGAAAAUAGUGAAGAAAUGGAUAUACCCAAUCUUUUAUUAAACCAAGAUAAUAAUCUUUUGGUACUUAGAAAAGAAACUGACAAAUCGAAUGUAGAAGAACCAAAUGAUAAUUAUGUAAAAAUAUUUUUAGAAAAAAAUGAUAGGAUAUUAGAGAAUGAUAAAAUAAUUAUAAGUAUCGAUCAUCCUGAUAUUAAUAAAAUUAUUAACGGCAAUAAAUUUUUAGAAAAUAUAAUUAAUGAAAAAAUUUUACAAGAUGAUAUGACGAGAUUAAAAGAUGAUAAAAUUUAUUUUUCAGGAUCUGUUUUUUAUAACCCAAUUAUUAAUAAGUAUAUACCUAUAUAUAUAUGUUCUUGGAUUUUAGAAAAUCAUAAAAAUACACUUUUUUUUAUGGAAAAAGAAAAGACAGAUAAAAUGGAAAGAAAUAAAAAAAACGAGCUAAUAUAUGAUCUUAUAGCUAAUUCAAAAUUUAGUAAAAAGAAAUAUAUGUACAAUUUGAAGGAUUGGUUAUUUUCAAGACAGAGAUAUUGGGGUGAGCCCUUUCCAUUUAUAUACAAAACUGAUGAAACAAACGGACGAGAAUAUUUUUAUAAGGAUGAAGAAAAAGAAAAUAAUAAAGUUCAAAUUAAAAAAGUAAGGAAUAACCCCUCAAAUGAUGUAUAUAUAGAUAAAAUCCCUGUUUGUCUUCCUAAGUUUGAUAAGAGCAUAUAUGAUGUAAAAAAGGGGGGUGAUAUAACAGAUUGUGAAAAUGAUAAUGGGCAUUCAGUUCUUUCUAAAUUUAAAGAUUGGAUAUAUUUAAAAAAUGAAAAAGAUGAUGUUUUAUAUAAAAGAGAAUGUGAUAUAAUGCCACAAUGGGCAGGAUCUAGUUGGUAUUAUUUACGAUAUAUUGAUCCAAAAAAUGAAAAAAAAAUUUUUAAUAAAAAAAAAAUAAAUUCUUGGUUACCUGUAGAUUUAUAUGUAGGGGGAAGUGAACAUGCAGUACUUCAUUUGCUAUAUGCCAGAUUUUUUCAUAAAUUUUUAUAUGACCUUAAAUUAGUAAAUCAUAAAGAGCCAUUUAAAAAAUUGUUUAACCAAGGGUUAUUAUUAAAUGCGGGAUCAUUUUAUUUGUACACCGAUUUAGAAAACCGGUUGAUAAGUUUCGAGAAUGUUGCAAAGUUAUUAAAGGGGGAAAGCAAAACGGAUAAAGUUGAUAAUAGCACAAGUGAAAAUGUAAAGAAGCAAGACGAAAUAGUGAAAGAAUUAAUAAGUGGAAAAAGUUAUAAGACGGAAGGAAAUAUAGUAAGGAAAUAUUUAAUUGAUGAAAAAUAUGUUACUGAAAAGGAAAAUAAAUAUUAUUUAAAAAAUUUAAACUCAAUACAAGUACAACCAAUAUAUGAAAAAAUGUCAAAGUCAAGAGGAAAUAUAAUAAAUCCAGAUGAUAUAGUAAAAAAAUAUGGGGCUGAUUGUUUGAGGUUACAUAUUUUAUUUCUAGGCCCAAUAGAUCAAAAUAAAAAAUGGUCGAUCAAAGGAAUUAAGGGAACAUAUAAAUUUUUAAGUAAAUUAUAUAAUCUAUUUAUUAAAAAGAAAGAAGAAUCUGAUUAUUUAGAAAAAGAAAGUAAGGAGUGUCAUAAUUUAAUUUGUGAAAAUUGUGUAGAAAUAGAAAAAGACAAGAAAUUAAUUUUAGACUUUAUGAAAAAGAAAGUAAAUGGAACAAAAAAAGGGAUUAAAAAAAUGAUAAAAAUAGUGAGAAAAAAAGGGGAUAAUAAUAUGAUAUUAUCUGAUAUUAUUAAAAAAAAAAAAAUAGAUGAAAUUGAAAAGGAAAAAAAAAUAAUUACAAAUUAUUAUAUUACACAAAUAACAAGCUGUAUAGAAAAAAGUCGAUUAAAUACAGCUGUUUCAUUUUUUAUGAAAUUUUAUAAUGAAAUAAAAACAUGGGAUUAUAUACCAUUAAAAAUAUUUUUAAUUUUUAUAAAAUUGUUAUAUCCAUUUUGUCCACAUAUAAGUGAAGAGUUUUGGUAUUAUUAUUUAAAAAAAUAUAAAGGAAGAGAAAAAGGGAAUAAAAUAAAAAACGUGAAAAAAAAAGAAAAAGUAGCAAAACAAAUAUGCUAUUUUUGCAAUUCACGCUCUUUGUUAUUUUAUGCAAAAUGGCCUUCCUUAUUUCAAAUCAAAAAUAAUGAAAAAUCUGCAAACAUUUCUAUACGAAUAAACAAUAAGCAUAUUACAUAUAUUAAAAAUAAUAGUGAAAGCUCAAAACAAAACAUAAUAGAACAAUCGACAAAUAUGAUAAAAGAUUCUAUAGAUAAAGAAAUAAAAAAAGGAAAAAAAAUCGUUAAUAUUAUAAAUGUUCCUGAUAAGUUAAUAAAUUUUGUGAUUGUAUGA